AUGGCCGACAUACCACCGCCACCGCCGCCUACUAAAAUCGAGCCUAAUUCUCCCUAUUACCUUGGACCUCAAGAUCGUCCGGGUGAUUUUAUCACUUCUCAAAGACUUAAACUUGACAAUUUCAAUGAAUGGUCUCAAACAAUUUAUAUUGCAUUGUCGUCGAGACGCGAAUUUGGUUUUCUUGAUGGCACAAUCACGAGCUAUGCUCCUCCUUGCACAAAAGAUGAUUGGGUUACGAUACACUGCAUGCUCGUCUCAUGGCUUAUGAACACCAUUGAUCCGGAGGUCCGUACUAUGCUGUCAAAUUAUGUUAAUGCCAAAAAGCUAUGGGAUGACUUGCAGGAACGGUUCGGUCUUGUUAAUGGCCCACGCAUUCAACAAAUUAAAUCAGAGAUUAAUCGCUGCGAGCAAUCGAAAUCAAUGCCAGUCGCGGUGUAUUUUAGCAAGCUAUCGGUGCUUUGGGAUGAGCUUGAUAAACAUGAGCCACUGAUUGGAUGCAAGCGUGGCAAGUGCACUUGUGAUGUGGGGAAGCAGCACGCAAACCGUCGAGAAGGAGACCGGCUGCAACAGUUCCUUCUUGGUCUUUACUCGGAGUACUAUGCUACACUUCGCUCCACGCUCUUAUCGCAAGAUCCGCUGCCAACAUUGAAUAGAGCCUUCCAAACCAUAGCCCAAGAAAAACGUGUUCGGGGUAUUGCGAACAUCAAAGAAGAGCCGCCCGAGGUGGCUGGGUUUGCCGUUCGAAUGGAACCCAACACCAAGCCGCGUCUGUCCCGUGCUGAAAGAGCAGCCUUGGUGUGCACGUAUUGUAACAAAAAGAGUCAUGAUUCAACUACAUGCUUUGAUAAGCAUGGUGUCCCUGCGUGGUAUAUUGAGAAGUAUGGUUCGAAAGAUGAAAACAAGGGGGCUGGCCAUGGGAGAUCUGCACCUGUCAAAGCCAAUGCGACCCCCGCCAGCCACCCACCUGCAGCCGCAUCUGCUGCUCACCUAACCCCCGAACAGUGGCAGGUCGUGAUGGGUAAUGCUAUGCCCCCUUCUAACCGUGUCAAUGGCCUUCCGGAUGGUAAAAAUCUAGUCGCCAUGAAAGAAGGGGAUGUUAGACUAACGGACAAAAUUACUCUCUAUAAUGACCAACGCACGAGGGAGGUGAUUGGCACGGGUGAUCUUAGGGAUGGACUAUACUACCUUCGUGAGGAGGCAUCUCUUGCAACAAUUUCGGUUGAAGAUACCUUGAGACUUUGGCAUAGGCGAUUGGGUCACCCUUCCGAAAAAGUUGUAAAAUUACUACCUUUUCUAAGUAAUUCUAGUGGUCAUUUAAAUAAAGAUUGUGAAGUGUGUCAUCGUUCUAAACACGCUAGAGACAAAUUUCCUUUAAGUACCAAUAAAGCUUCUCGUGUUUUUGAGAUUGUGCAUUGUGAUUUGUGGGGGCCAUAUGACAAACCUUCUUCUUGUGGAGCACAUUAUUUUUUAACCUUGGUUGAUGAUUAUUCUCGUGCAGUGUGGAUAUAUUUAUUGAAUAAUAAAACAGAGGUGUUUAAAAUAUUUUUGUCCUUUAUUGCCAUGAUUGAUAGACAAUUUUCUCAGAAAAUUAAAAUUGUAAGGAGUGACAAUGUGUUACGGUCCGGGAGUUUGGACCCCGAAACGUGCGGCGUGCUCUAG